CGACGGCGGCGGUACGCCUGAGUCAUCGCACACAAUCGCGCUGCAAUUUACAUUCACGCCGCGACCAACGGUCGAGUUUCGAAGCGAAGCGGCCCCAUACGACGACGGUUUGGUUAGGUUAGGUCGCUAACUACGACCAAUUUUAUCAGCGGGUCGCGUUAUAUUGCGCAAUUCUCGCCAACACAAAUCUUAAUUAUUCUGAAGGAACGUUCUCGAAUGUAAUUUUAAAUUCAUUACCCCAGAAAAAUUGGCUUAAUUAACAAGUGACCGCCGCCAUAGUGAGACUUCAUUCUUUGGAUUUUUGUUUGUGUUUCACCACUUAAAAAAGCAAAUAAAAAUGUUCACCUGCGAAUAUUGCAACCGCUUGUUCAGCCGUAAAGACCACCUGGCGAGGCACGGGGACUGUCGCGCAGCAGUACAAAUUUGUGACGUUUGCGGCGGGAUAUACAAAUCCGAGGGGGCUCUCCGACGCGUGGUGCAGGAGCCAGGAGUAGAAAUGAUACAGACCUCCUUCCGUAACCGCAUAGUUACAUACCGUCUGGCGUCCACCGUUAACCCUACCGACGUUAAGGGCUUCUUGGACCACCUUAGGUCCAAAAUCCUUACGUUGGUAGAGUCGAACGUCCGACGCUACGGCAACGUAAAAGUCGGUAUGGAGCUAUUCGGAAACUUCCUCUUGCAGACGAAGGAACAAGAGGAGGUCAAGUCCAAUAUCAAUACCAAAUAUCGGCUGGUGAGCGGAAACACCGAUCUGGAGGAGCUAUACGUCCAGUUCGUCGACAUCUUGGCUACCAAAGCGUCCGAGUUUCAGGAAAGGGACAGCGGCUGGGCGUUGGAGGAACUUCUCCAUUUAGAAAUAGGGAUUAACAAGUACAAUCCCCUAAGGGCGUCGUCCUAUGUUAGCCUGCCCAAGGAAAUCGAAGCCAAAAAAGCUGUUUUGAACUUGCAAAAUACGGACGAAAAAUGCUUUAUGUGGUCGAUCUUGGCUGCUCUUCACCCAAUUCACUGGACAAAUAACGCUAACAGGGUCAGUAACUAUGUAGAAUUUCAGAACGAGCUGGAUUUUACAGGUAUCGAUUUUCCCGUUAAACUUAAGGACAUAUCCACUUUUGAACGACUUAAUGAAAUUUCGGUCAAUGUCUAUGGCCUCGAGAGAGUCUAUAACAAAGUCCGUAAUGAUGUUGAGGUCGUUGGUCCUUUGCAUUUUACUGAAUCUCGUAAAGAGAGACAUGUAAACCUAUUAUUAAUUAGUAAUGACUAUGGAGAAAAUCAUUAUUGUUUAAUAAGAAGUAUGUCUCGGUUGGUUUCAAAACAAUUAACUAAAAGGUCCUCUACAAAGUUUUUAUGCGAUGGGUGUUUGGUUUAUUUUUAUAACGAAGAAAAACUAAAGCGUCAUAAAGAACACGACUGCACUCACAUUUCCAUCAAACUUCCGACCACCGAAUUGCGCAAGGAUAAAUACGGUAAAGAUGUUCCCGCGAAUAAGCUGAAAUUUGAAGAAUUUGAAAAGAAAUUAAAAGUUCCUUUUGUUGUGUACGCGGACUUUGAAACAGUCAUGACUCCUUUACAGGUGGAAGGCGAACCGAAUCCCAACAAAUCGUUUACCGUCAAAACUCAUAUUCACGAGCCUUACUCUUUCGCCUACUAUGUCAAAUGUGACUUUGACGAUUCCCAGUCUACUUUUAAACAGUACAGAGGUCGGGGCGCACACAAAAUUUUCAUUGAAUGGUUGGAGAGCGACUGCAAAGCGCUCUACAACAAGUUCAUGAAAACUUCCGUGCCCAUGACCACUCUAUCGUUUGAACAAGAGACCGGCUUUCGAAACGCUGCGGCUUGUCACAUUUGCGAGAAGCCAUUUAAUGCAGAGGACGAAAAAGUAAGGGAUCAUUGUCAUAUGACGGGCGAAUUUCGAGGUGCGGCUCACUCCACUUGCAACUUGAAUUUCAAAGUUCCGCGGCACAUCCCUGUCUUUUUUCACCAUUUAGGUUUCGACAGUCAUUUAUUUGUAAAAUUUAUGGCUGAAGAAGGGGAAAAGAUCGAUGUCAUCGCCCAAAACAAGGAACGUUACAUUUCCUUUACGAAACAUGUCCUAGUCGAUAACAUUGAGUCGGAGAAAGGAGGCAAAGGGAAAAGGGUAUUUUUAAAACUCCGAUUUUUAGAUUCAUUUCGAUUUAUGGCAUCCAGUUUGGACAGAUUGAGUCGAAAUUUGAACGAUAGUCAGUGUCGGGAAGUCAACAAAUUUUUUAAAAAUGAACAAGAAUUUCAACUUAUUCGACAGAAGGGCGUUUUUCCAUAUACGUAUCUAGAUUCUUUUUCAAAAUUAGACGAAACCAAACUGCCAUCGCACGAGGACUUUUAUGACUCCAUGCGAAAGAGCAACAUAACCAGGGAGGAUUACAAGCGUGCCUGGACUGUGUGGAAUUUGUUCAAAUGUAAAACUUUAGGCGAAUAUUCAGAUAUUUAUUUAAAAUCCGACGUUUUACUUUUAGCCGAUAUUUUUGAAAACUUCAGAGAGGUGUGUCUGAAAACGUACGGUCUGGACCCGAGUCAGUUUUAUACGACACCGGGUCUAUCAUGGACGAGCGCCCUGAAGGCGACAAAGGUCGAACUGGACCUGUUGACCGACGUGGACAUGAUACACUUCUUGAAGCACGGUAUCCGCGGAGGAGUCAGUCAGUGUAGUGUGAGAAAGGCCGCGGCUAAUAAUAAAUUUUUACCUAAUUACGACCCUUCCAAACCUAUCUCUUACGUCAUGUACUUGGACGCUACCAAUUUAUACGGGGCGGCCAUGUCACAAUACCUCCCAACGGGAAACUUCGAGUGGUUGGAGGAGGGCAAAAUUCAAAAUUUAGAUAUUACGCGUAUCCCCAACGAUUCACCUAGGGGCUAUAUUUUCGAAGUAGAUUUGGACUAUCCGGAAGUGCUGCAUGACGCACACAACGAACUGCCUUUUUGCCCGGAAUCCAUCGUUUCGCCAAUCGCGAAAACCAAAAUGAGAAAACUUAUUCCAAAUUUAAACAAUAAACGUAAUUAUGUAUUGCAUUAUAGGAAUCUGCAACAGGCUUUAAGCAACGGUUUAAAGCUUGUUCGCAUCCAUCGCGUUCUUGUUUUCGAUCAAUCUCCCUGGCUAAAACAAUACAUAGACUUGAAUACGGCGAUGCGUAAUACAGCUAAAAAUAAGUUUGAAAAAGAUUUUUUCAAACUUAUGAAUAACGCUGUGUUUGGAAAAACGAUGGAAAAUGUGGACAAAAGGGUGGACGUGCGGCUCGUUUCCCAUUGGGAAAAUAUUGGGAAAAGGUUGGGGGCAGAAGCGUUAAUCGCGAGACCUAAUUUUAAAAAUGUCGCCAUAUUUAGCGAAAAUCUAGUAGCUCUCCAGAUGGAAAGGACUAAAGUCGUAUAUGAUAAGCCUAUUUACGCCGGAUUUUGCAUUUUGGACAUAUCCAAGACUCUCAUAUACGACUUUUUUUACGGCUAUCUAAAGGCUAAGUACGGCGACAAAGCCGUCUUACUCUACACCGAUACCGACAGCCUCGUUGUCCAAAUUUUUUGCGAAAAUUUAUACGAAGAUAUGAAAGAAAAUUUGGACAAAUUCGAUACUUCUAAUUACUCGGAGAACAACCAACACGGCAUUCCUGUAAACAAGUCCGUUCUUGGUAAAAUGAAGGACGAGUACGCAGGACGGCCGUUGUUGGAAUUCUUGGGUACGGGAGCGAAAGCUUAUUGCGUAAAUGUGGACGGCAACGAGUUGACCAAAAAGGCCAAGGGCGUUGCUGACUCGGUCAGCCAGCGCGAACUUAGUCUCGACGACUAUAAGCGCGCUGUCCACGAGGAAGGCACGCUAAUCUUGCGCCAAAUGUCUUCGUUUCGCUCACAUUUACAUGAUAUGUACGUCGAACUGAAAAAUAAGGUGGCGUUGUCUUACGCGGAUGACAAACGACAUCUUAUACCCGGCUCAGAGUACACGCUAGCUUGGGGCCAUCGAAAUUUAGUUGGUUCAAAGGACAGCGGGAAAAUCACUGAUUGAUCGACCACCAGAUAUUUCUUUUGGCAAACUAAUAUGUUACGAUUCCUUUAGAUGAUUGUAGUUUAUAUUUGUGUUUAAUUUAUGUAUCUAUUUAUGUCCAUAUAUGCUAUUUAUAUAUGCAUAUCGUUCGAAUAUAUUUAUUAAUAUGUGUCUAUCCUGAUGAGGUUUUGUAUAUGAUUAAUAAAACAAUUUGUUCGAUAUUAGUGUCAUUAAACGUCUUUUUCCCUGUUGCAUUUUAUUUAAUCCGCAAAAAAAAAUGUUGUCAAUAAAUUAUUAUAU